GGAGCCCCGGCAGCCGCACUCCCGCCCUCGGCACGAAGGCGCCCGCACCAUGCUCCCGCUGCUCCUCCUGCUCCUGCCCGCGGCCCACGGCACAGUCCGGCUGGAGUUUACGCCAACCCUGACCAAGGUGCCCCCGCUGGAGGGGAUGACGACCGCCUCCACCUUCGUGCUGAACCAGCCCCGCUGCGUCUUCGAAAACUACAGCAGUGCCGUCAUCUGGCUGGUGGUGGCUCUGGACAAGGACAGAUUGAGCUUCAACAACAGCGCGGGGCCGGGGACUCCCGAGACCGCAUUCCAGAACUUCCCUCACUCCCGUGCCUACAUGACCCUCAAUGCCACCCUGGACAGCUACCCCUGCCCCAAACCCUCCGGGGACAUCGCGGUGCUGCGCGUGGGCAGCGAGACGAGCUGCGCCCAGGAUGAGACGAGGCCCACGUGCAAUGGGCCCCUGCCCGGCCCCGGGCCGUACUGCGUGAAGUUCCUCGCCCUGGAGGGCUCUGUGCCCGUGGCUGAGACAUACUGGUCGGCGCAAAUCAUGCUGAGGACAGCCAAGUCACCCAACAGCAUCUCCACGACGGGCAGCGGGCACAGCGCCGGCAUGAUCGCCAUCACCACCAUCCUCUCCAUCCUCUUCGCCAUCCUCCUGGCCGCACUGGUGGCCAUGCUCUUCCUCUGCGGCUCGGACUCCUGCGGCGGCAGCAGCGCCUUCAGCAAGCCGGAGUCGGUGACGGUGCGGCGGUACAACACCCACCACGUCUAUGACCAGCCGGCCGCCCGGCUCUGAGCCCCCGCCGCCCCCCGGCACCGCCGCCCCUCCCGCGCGCCCCCCGUGCGGGGUAAAUGCGACCCGCACCGCUCCAUCCCUGCCGGACACGAGCCCGCCGCCGCGGGGACACGGCCGGAGCCGCCACCCGGGACGGGGGCGGUGGAGCGGGACAUUAAAGGCUUCUCCGCAUGCUUUA